UCGGCAUCUACUUCCAGCCUUCUUUUGUUGUUGCAGCGGUAACAAUUUAUAUGAACCUUCUGACAGUACAUUCUUUUUUUUUUGCUAUUUCCACUAAUGUAUUGUGUCUGUUAUUUGUUUUUAUCUUACACAGAUCGUACCAUGCAAUGUGAGAUUGGCAUUCAAUGAGCUCAUCGGAGACACCGUGACCUUCGACACUCUUGGGGGCCCAUACACUAUGCAGGUCGGGAAGGGGCGAAAGAUAACCCAGAUAGGAGGAGAUGAUUGGGAUCGUUUCAUCGCCCGCAUGCGUCUUAGUGGGGGUGAAUUGAUCAGCUUCUCCUUCAGAAGAGAUAGGCCCAGGAUUUCUGUUAUCUAUCUAAAUUUGAUUCCGGAUAGUGAGGAUGAAGUUCAUGAGGAGGAAGAUGGUGCUGAUUCAGAUGAUGACGAUUCAGAUGAUGAUGAGAACCCACUUGUUGAAUACCUGUAUGCCCAAGGACUCAGACUGGGCGACGAGGAAAUCGGCAACCUCUGGGACAUGCUUCCGCUACGUGAAGACUACCUAGGGAAGCCAUUCGUGACCCGCCUCACAAGGACGAAUGUUAAACGGCAUAUCAUGAAAUUACCUAAGAGGUUACUUGAUAGCUGUGGCAUCGACCCGGACGAAGAAGGCAUGGCUGCUGGACUACGCCUUACCAGAACGGGCUCCAUCACCAGCUGUGCCUAUGCAGUGGACACGGACGGUCGCACUGUCUUGAGCAGGGCAGGGUGGAAGAAGUUCCUUCGUGCCAAGAAUCUUCGGGUAGGACAGGCCAUCCUACUCAGUGUUGCGAACACCCGUCGCCAUGACUUGAGGAUGAUGAUCACCAUCCACCUCAUUUAGAACUGGGGUGGGCCAUGUAUCAAUGUGAAAUGAACUUAUUAUGUUAGCUCUUGUUUGCGAGUACUUGUGGUGUAUUACCGUACCUAUAUCUACUCAUAUCUAGGUACUAUUGCUUGUGAUGGAUUGCAACUAUUAUUAACUGGUAACUAAUGCUCUACUAGCUAUGAUUAUUCCACUGUGUUACAUGGUAACUGUUAUAUAUGUUUGCUGAAGCUUCCGAAGAAUUUUACAUACAUUUUCUGAAAUUCGAGAACAUUUUUUUAAUUUUUGAUUUUUUUAGAUUUGAACUUUUUUUUAAAAAAUGGGUGAACACUUUUGAAUUAUAUUUUUUCAUCAACUUCAAAAAAUAUUCG